AUGCAUACCAUUCAAAUGUAUCCAUGCGACAAGUCAGAUGACAAAAGCGAGAAAGAUGUGCCUGGGCUAGGGAAACGCGGCGCUGCAGCAAAAAUGAGUGGCCGUGCUCCUCUGCUCGGUAGUGAGUCGUCAGGACUCAGCAAAGAUCGACGUCGUUUCAUAAUCAUUUCGAUCUUUGAUGCUACGCUUACCACCUUAUUAUGGCUGCUUUGCACGGUUACUAAAGGCGAUGACUGGCCUACUGUGUUUUUACAAGAAAUCAAUGUGUUUGAUCCGCACUUUAUGAGCAUAUCACUAUUCGAUAUAGUUCUCUGCGCACUUGUACGAAUGAUUCUUUUUUUCUUUUCGCACAAACAAGGCGGCUUACCACAAUAUUUACUGGUCUUGGCGUCUUUCUCCAUAGCAUGGUUUGAACUGUGGUUGAUGCCCUUUAAAGUACUGCCCGGAGAGCGACGAUGCGAGCACAGCGACUCAUUUCAUGAUGAUUUGUCCGUCUCAGUGCGGGGCAACUCAUUUAGAGAGUCACGCUCGAAUCAAGCUUCCCGUUAUAUCUCGGAGGAUGAAUUCCGAAGCGCCAUGGAAUUCUCGUCAGGUAUCGUUCUAUAA